AUGCCGAUGACCACUUAUUCAUCAACAAAAUCCUUGUUCGAGUCUCUGCAGACAGAAUUCUGUCCUACCCUUGAUUCCUCUUUAAUAGCGGCACUACUCGCUGAAAUUGAAUUUGACAGCGAUGGGAAUGCGGUCGAUCCGACGCAGGAUCAAAUUGAUUUCUUGCGUACCACUCUCAGCGAACUCUCUUUACAUGCAGAGGAAGCUCAAGAGUCAGAAUUUUCCGACGUACAACUCGUCUCGCAAUUUGAGGAGACAAUAUCAAGUUGGACCACCCCCGACAAUAGUCCUGAAACCGCUGGAUCUCAGUCAACAGGGAGUUCUGGGACUUCGAUAUCAUCUACACAAUCCUUCGGGUCACCCUUAAGAUUCUUGCAGGCUGCACUACCGGAUGUGCCGACGGCGAGAUUGACUAGAGCUUUAGAAGAUGCUGAAAAGAUGGAGGUGGAUAUGUGGGACAUCGUCGCCGCCAUUCUUACCGAGGAAUCUAUCCGAGAAAUGGAAGAAAGGGGCUGGGACGGGUCUGAAGACGGGUCAUGCGACGCCAUUGAUGAUACAAACUGGGAAGUGGUCGAGGUGAAGAAACCACUACCAAAGUCAGAGCGAAAGAAAGCACAAACUCGUUCGAAGAAAAUUGCAUUGGCCGACAUUCGUCAGCAGCACCAUAUCAACACCCAGUUGCUUGUAACAAAUAAUAAGCUGCCCAGAAAACACCCCCCAGUUGGUCCUGCUGCUGAUAUCUGGACCCAGAUGUCUUCUUUCUCAGAUCAUAUCGCUACAUUAUUACCCCCACAUCCUCCAUCUUUCUUUUUAUCCUUCUUUCACUCUCCGAAUUACGGCACGUCAUAUGAAGCAUUAAGAGCAGCUCUGACUUCCUUGUGCAAAGACUUUCCAGCAGGCCUGGACCAUCACACAACAGUUUUGUAUAAUCUUCUUGACAUUAUUUUGCCAGAAUACGAAGACUGCGAUGUUGCACAGCGCACGCGACUGAUAUCAGACGUUGAAUUAGCUGUUGCAGUUACUCGGGGAAAAGGCGACGAAUCCCUGGAUCUGGUCAACCUUCUGCGCGAUUUAGACUCCGAUUGUGAUAUGGGAUUGUAUCAUCUUCAACCAGCGGAGACUUGGACUGACGACAAAUCCAACCGCAAGCUUCCCGCUAGGACUGUGCAACUUCCGUCUGGACCUCCGCCGGUCGAACCUCCUCCUGUAUCAAGAGUCAAACAAAAAGCAGCACCUCCAUCUACUUCGCUUAGUAAACCCAGUCCUUUCCAGUGGCAGGCUGUUCCUAAACGUAAAACUGUUGAUCGUGCUCCGCAUUCUCUGGCACAUCAUAUCCCGGCAUAUGCUCGCGAUGUUAAUGGCAAAAAGACAACUCGAACUUCACGGUCAAACAGUAUAGCCGCCUCGAGCAACCCCGAUUUUAGACUCAGGAUGAACGAAGCAAUGCGAAAGAGGAAUGAUGCUUUACGAGAAGCCGCAAGAAUGUGGCAAAGAGGGAAUUCGAAAUCUCGAGGAGGAGAAAUUGCGUUUUACUUCGCUGAAAGGGCGAGAGAGUUCCAGGAGCUUGCUAAAACUGAAGCUUUGAAUGCUGCUCGAGAGAUGGUUUCAGAAAAAAGGAACAAUUCCCAAAACAAAGACACAGUCGAUUUGCACGGAACAACCGUUGCUGAGGCGAUUGCCAUUGUUAAGGAGAUACUUAAGAAUGAAGGUUCUACCAUCUCCCAAGCAAAACCGUUGAAGAUUAUUACUGGCCGUGGAUCUCAUUCUCACAAUCAAAUCAGUGUUUUAAAGCCUGCUGUACGCAAAGCUCUAGUCGAAGACGGUUGGACUGUAGGCUCGUGGGACGGUGGUCUGAUAGUAUUCGAUUUGUAUCUCCCGUUACAGCAUGUAUUCCUUACUCUCGUCAUGUAG